AUGUCCCUCGAGGAUGCACUUGGUGGGAUAAAGAACGACCUGGAGUUCACUCAAUGGUACGUCAACAUUAAAGACGAAUUACUAGAAGCAAGCUACGAAAAAUAUCAAUCAUGCCUUGAUGACCUAGAAUCGUCGACAUGCCACCUAGAUUCCCUUCUCCAAGACACGUCGCAAACCCUGGAGCUCCUCUCAUCCCUAUCACAAUCCUUCGAAGCAGUGGAAGAACACACAUCUGCUUUUCAGAAACAAUGUGAAGGCCUGCUCUCGGCCCGGAACAAAAGCUCGAAAUUAGCAGAUGAUAUUCAAGAGAAUUUGGUGAACUAUGAUUACUUAGAUCCUAUAUCUCGAAGACUCAACGCGCCGGGGGCUGGCAACUCGGUCCGCUCGAAAGAUUUCUCAAUGAUGCUCAGACGCCUGGAUGAGUGCCUAGAUUAUAUGCACGCUCAUCCUGAACAUAAGGAAGCGGAGUUUGUCUCAACGGUGCGGGACAUCUCAGCCGGAGUUGCAAAGCGAAUAGCUGAUCGCCAACUUAACGAUACCACCAUGUCCGCCCUCUUAUACGCCAAGUUCCGUGUUGGUGCCCCCGAAAUGAAGGAUAUAGGGCUAGAAAUCCAGAAGCGGGCAGUUCCUCCUUUGGACCCCGAGCAAGGUGCGGAAGCAGAAUACCAGAGCCUUCUUAAUGAACUUCAUGUAAACUUCGCAACAUCCCGCGCAAGAUUGGUUGUGCCGCUCGUAAGAAAGCGGUUAAGUGAUAUUGCAAAUGCACCGAGUACCUCGAAGGAUUUAGUUGCAUUUGCGAGAACAAGUAUCAGUUACGUUCGCGGUAUAUGCCUUGACGAAUUCGAAUUAUGGGGAGAGUGGUUCCAUGGCCAGUACGGGCUUUACGAUUGCCUGGAAUCUAUUUGCGAACCUCUCUACGACCAUCUGCGGCCUCGGAUUAUUCACGACAAUAAGCUCGUGAAGCUAUGCCAGUUGUGUACACUACUCCAAACUCGGUACUUGAAUGAUCCAGAUGAGGAUGGAGAAAAUGUGGCGGAUCCAAAUCAGUUGGACUUUGCGGUAUUGAUUCAGCCCGCACUCCAGGAUGCUCAGACACGACUCGUGUUUCUCGCACAGGCUAUCCUGCGGGACGAGAUUGAAAGGUUCAAACCCCGUGCAGAAGACCUUGAUUACCCUGCCAAGAACAAACAGGUAUCACUGAAUAUACAAAACAACUCUUCUCCGGCGGUUUCUGGAAGGAAAGGUUCUUUCAUUGAGCCGAAGAUGCCAGUGGUUGUGGAUGAGGAUCCUGACUCCCCAGCGGAGAAAGAUGCCCAAUGGGACUUUACGUCACAGGCCUUGUUUGAAGGGUGGUAUCCUACGUUAAAAAAGGCCAUUUGGCUAUUGAGUCGUAUAUAUCGACUAGUUAACUCAAAGGUAUUUGAUGAUCUAGCUCAUCAAAUUGUCCACCAAACGACUGUUUCGAUUCAACAAGCCGGUGCAGAGAUAUCCUCAAAAAAAUCUAAACCGGAUGGACUACUAUUUCUGGUCAAGCAUUUGCUUGUAUUAAAACAGCAAAUCGUUGCCUUUGACAUUGAAUUUGUGUCACCGGACAUGUCCUUUGAUUUCUCCGGGGUAACUAACACUUUCUGGGAGCUACGAGAACGAGGAGGGCUUUUCAAUACCCGGACCUGGAUGCAACUUGUUGGGGGUGGUUUACUACCUCAAGUAGUUGAGAAUAUGUUAGACGCCAAAGUCGAGCUCGACGGCACACUGCGAACUGUAAUCAACGAUUUCACCAAAACCUUUGCGGCCAAAAUGACUUCCAACCUACCAUCCGUCCCGUCCAAGACAAUAACUCCAGCCCUAUCCCAACAAAUCCAAAAGGGCGUUGUGGCUACACGCCGGUCUAUCGAAGAGGAAAUUCCCAAUUUACGGCGAUUGCUAGAUGACUAUCUUGAAGACAAAAGGACUAAAGAAACCCUUGUCGGUGCUGUGCAAGAUAGCGUCAUCCAAAUCUAUGAAGACUUUCUCGAGGCGUAUGCCGCGGCUGAGGCCAGUAAGGAUAAGCUCGCCCAAAAUUGA